GGGACUUCCGCUUCCGGUUCUGACGGACGUUUCGGCCGUAACGAUGAUCGGGGACAUCCUGCUGUUCGGGACGCUGCUGAUGAACGCCGGGGCGGUACUCAACUUUAAGCUGAAAAAGAAGGACACUCAGGGCUUUGGGGAGGAGUCAAGAGAGCCCAGCACAGGGGACAACAUCCGGGAGUUCUUACUGAGCCUCAGAUACUUUCGAAUCUUCAUCGCUCUGUGGAAUGUCUUCAUGAUGUUCUGCAUGAUUGUGCUGUUUGGCUCCUGAGCUGCUGAUGUGGAUCCUGGUACACACCUUCUCAGAUGCCAAGUCUCUCUUCCUCCAUUCCUGGUGACUUUAAGAAUGUUUUUAACUGGAAAACCAGUGACCUUCCCAGAAAGCCCAAGCUCGUGGUGGGUGAAAAAAUGUUUACCAAGAUGCACAUGGCUUCUAGCCAUGUCACUGUUUUCUUUUCAAAGAUACUUUUGAUUUAGUCUCAGCAUUGAAAUGCUGUCUACUUCAGUUGUUUUGGGGGUUUAUUUGAGGGAUGUGAUGAUACUGCCUUCUCAACAGAUGAAAAGACAUGUCUAAGAGUGUUUUAUUAAAUUGGAGUCCCUUUUCUGUCAGACUUCCACUAGAAACCCAUAUCUGGAUAUUUCUUGGUUUAUUUUAAAGAACCAUCCUUUUGGUUUGAAUUAUACAGAUGUUUAAAAGUCAUUCCUUCCCCAUCCCGACAGACUCUGCUCAGCUUGUGCCCCAGGACUUUCAAGGGUGAAAAAUGACUGAAUCCCAUUGAAGAGGGAUACAGAACAACUGGUGGGGUGGGUGGGUAUUACGAGAAAUUUUGGCUUGAAGUUCUCUGUUAAAUAAAGUAGCUUUUGAGGCCAUUUAUUAUUGUACAGUUGCUGGAAUGAGAGUGAUUUCUAUGAUGAUAUUGGGACUGAAUUUGAAAAGUUGGGGUUUGUGGGUCUGCUCUUCAAGUGGGGGAUCUCAAGAUUGAAAACAGUGAGCCUCAUUCAAGGAAAUAUGGUGUUUUGCACAGAAAUCCACUUUGAAAGGGAGUACUUGCUUUAAUUGCCAAAAUGAAAUGACCACUGGCCAGUUGGUACCCAGCUCCCAUGGGUAUUUGGUUUGUUUAUUGUGGUUUUGAAAUCUUGACCUGUAGGUAAACCUAUGGGAGGAAAAAGUAAAUAUGCAGACUUUUCUAACUAAAUACACUGAAAAUAAAGCCCAUUUCUAAAGAGGACCUUUUGUUUAUAUACUUUUUUAACCACGAUGUUGAUUUCCAACUUGAAUUAUUCUGAAUUAUGCUGUGGGAAACACCUAGGAUUUACUUUGGAGCCUGUGGACAAGUCAGAAAAGAGGAAAUGUUAGGUGUUCCUUUUUGGAUUUUGCUCAAAAAGGUCAAGUAGAAAUUGGGCAAAUACAAUUUUGACCUGGUUGUGCUGGAAGUAUUCGAAGACCAGUGAUGUGGUUGGGACUUCACUUGACUCUGGUUGGGACCAGAGUCAAGUCCACUGGUAUUACUACUCAACUAACAUCAUUCUCUGUCAUUGCCUCUGUAACUUAGUCUCAUGUCAGUCCUGGACCACAUGCACCCCAUGGUGUGUAAGUGAUGGAGUGUAUCUGCUGAUAGGAGCUGCUUUGCCUAAGCCCUUGUCUUUGUCAACAAGAACCAAACUGCCAAGAUGUUGGCUGGUCAGGGUCAUGCGGGCGAGUAGUGUGAGGAAGUUGUGCAACUUUCUUCAGACCGCCCUGAGGCCUCAGUGAGGCAAGACGUUUGUGUGUUACAGGGAUGGGUCGAGCUCUGAGAACAGAAUGCAUUAUUGAGGUUUUAUGUCAAUAGUUGUAUUUUUCUACAGAGAACUGUUAUCUCAUUGUUAAAUUCUUAUAAGCAGGGAACUUUGGGGGAUGCAUGUUGGAGGCUGCUGGACCUUUUUAAAGUUGUAGCUCAUGGACACAUGUCUUUUGGAACCUUUCAGUAACCUGCAUUGGUACCAGAGGUGAUGGAAGUCUUGAUUUUUUGAGUGCAUGGGGUCCCUGGCAUUUAAGCGCUUAUGUCCUGGGUCACUUAGAUGUGAGGGCAAAUCCCAUCCCUGUGCCUUGCUGGUGGAACUGUGGUGGGUUCCUUCCCCUCUGCACACUUCCCCUCUGCAUGCGUCUUAAGUGUGCAUGAGUUAUGUGUGGGGUCAUUGCUCCAUGCCUAUGGGUAUCCUCUUCUUGCCGACGUUCUUUCCUGCCGCUAGCUCAUGCACUGUGAAAGCUGUCAUGGCAUUCAAAAUAACUGGAAAGAGGGCCUCCCUGGUAUGCAGGGGUUGGAGACACAGUGCUGUCAAGCUAUUACCAGCCACUGCAGCGUGAGUUCAAUUCCCAGCCAACUAGAGGGCUGACCCACAUGGUGCAGCAGACCUCUCCUGUCUUGCCCGCUGCUUCCCUCAACAGUGUAUUCAGUAGAUCUGCCUGUUAUGCUCCCCACUCUGUCUCUGGUGAAUCCUUUCACACACCACCCCCCGCCCCCUGCGCCCCUGGCUUACACCCCAGUUCUUGUAUGCAUAAAUAAAUAAAUCUUUAAAAAAUAAAGUAACUGGGCUUCCCUGGUGGCGCAGGCGGUUGAGCUCUGCACCGUGAAGCUGUCCGCAGCCUCUGAAGUGUGGCUUCGAUCCCACCUGGCUGGCGAGAGUCCCACAUGGCGAAGCAGAACUCUCUUCUCUUGCCCGCUGAUCCCCUCAGCAAUGUAUUUGUUUAGUCUGCCUGUUUUGUUCCCCACUCUGUCUCCGGUGAAUCCUCUCACCCUCCUGCGUGUCUGGCCUAUACCCCCCUUCCUGUAUAAAAAUAAAUAAAUUUAAAAAAAAAAUAAAGUGACUCGAAACAGUUUCCAUGAUGGACAGCCUUUUCCCACUUCUUUCCUUUUCAGCAUUUUCCUUUACCUGUUUGAAUAUACAACAUUUUCUGAACAUGGAUAAGGCGGUUCAGGUUCUGUGAUCUUCAUUUCAGCAUCAUAUCCUUUGUAUUUUCUGGGCUGCCAGAGCACUUUCCUGGUGUUCUUUUUAAUCCUGUGUGGCACCAAUAAAUCUCUCUUUGACUUUGGCCCUGUGGCUGGGCUGAGCUUGUACUUUGUCCACUGUUAGGAACUCAGCUAUGGCCAGCAUUGUGACCUUUGCUGGUUUCCUUUUGGGAGUACCUGAAAAACCUACAUCUUUACAUCACUGUUGUGGCUUGUGGUUUUCGUUUGUUUUAUUAAGUCUCUUACUACCAAUGCAGAUUUAUUUUAGAAAAAUUAUAAAAUGUGGCUUUGUUCUCAGGGGAAAAAGCCACCCAUAAUCCUGUUCGCCAUGAAAAUUCCCUCUUGGUGCACAUCCUUCUCUUUCUCUGUGCACAUGCAUUGGAUACGGUACUUGCAUUUUCUUUCCACACAGUAUUUUUUUAUCUACUAAUCUGCUUUUUUCAUCUGAUAAUGACUAUAUUUCUAUAUCUUUUCCUGAACUGCCAUUCCUUAAUAACUGCAAAUAAGCGAUGGUAAGGGUGUAUCAUAAUUAAACUAGUCUUUCAUUGCUGAACACUUGUUUUGUCUCCUCUUUUUGACUACUGUAAGUAACAUCAUGAUGACCAGCUCAUCAAUUCAUACCUAAUGACUUUUGGGGGUUACUUUUAAGUAGAGAUCUUUCUUGACAGCUUCAGGCUAAGAACCUCAAAGAAAAAUGCAUCUUUUACAAUUUAUAUCCUUGUCUACUUACUUGUUUUUUGUUCAUUCCUUUGUACUUAUGUAUGUUUACACAUAAUACUGAAAAACAUGGUUCUAGAUUCCCAUCAUUUCUGACUAGGAACAGGGUUAGGGAGUUAGGCCACUUCAGUUUUAACCUAUGAAUGAGGACAAAGUGUUCAGCUCUACCCAGAUGACUGUUUCUCUGUGUAAGUGACAUUAGUUGAUGUCACACCAGCUUACUUUCCAUUUUGGCCUUAACCACCAUCUAAGUAAUAAAUGCCUACGACUGUUCGCCCUUGAGCAAUUUAAGUGAAGUAGCUGCCCAGGCAAGCAGUCACAUAGAGAACAAAAAGAAGACUGAGUUUGAAGCAACUGGCCCCAAAACCUUUGCUUUGGGGUUCAUGUUGGAAACCCCCUUUUGCUUGCUCUAUCCUUUCUUGCUAUGUCAAAAAGUAGAGCCCAUCCCUGCUCUAAUUUCUUAUUGUACUUCGGUUCCAGACACUCUAGAGCAGAAGUCGAAAGCUAUGCCCUGCUAGCCUAGUUCGGCCCACUUCCUGUUUUGGUAAAUAAAGUUUUAUUGGCACCCGGACAUGCCCCUUUUAGUACAUAUUAUAGCCUACCGCUGCUUUGACUGCUUUCAUGCCAUAACAGCAGAAUUUCAACAUGUAGAGCUGAAAAUAUUGCCUAUCUGGCCUUUUAUGGGAAAAAUUUGCUGACCUUAGAGCAAGGGGGUGGUGGAGAUUCCCAACGUGCUCCUCCAUGCAGAGCCACUAAGGUAGAACCAGCUCUGUACCUUGUGGUCUGGAUUUUAACAGACACUUGCAAGCGUGUAUUUCAAACUUGCUGAAAAUUGAGCUAGCUGUUUUCAAGUGAUAUGGUUAAUAGGUCAAACCCAGUUUCAUUUCUCUGGAUAGUUAGGGGCAUCAUCCCUCCUGGGUUCCCUGAGAUUCUUCCUCUGGGUAGCAGCGAUGUGGUAAUGAUAUCAGCUCUCAUCUGAAGUGGUUAGAUUUGAAAAGCCAGCCAGACUGUCAUUAGCAAGGCAUUUUCUUUUCGUUUUCAACCAUUUCAUUAUCUCCUUAACCAAGCUAGAGUUUAUGAAAUAUUUGACAAUUCUCCUGAUGUUUUCCUGUGUUUAUGAAAAACAUUCACAGUUUGUGUAUAAAGAAAAAGGCGCUUGUUUUUUUUUUAAAGAUGUAAAUUCUACUUACGGGAUUUGUUUUCCCUAUUCCCUUGAUUUUCAUUAUGAUGCAGAGAAAAGCCCUUGAUCCAUUCUGAGCCCCUCUCUAGCACUUGAGAGUUCUUUGAAAUGAAAGUUUGGUGAUAGCAAGUGUUCCUGGAUGAGAACUCUGCAAACGAGUCUAUAGCAAAUUGGAAAUUCAAAAUCGACGUAUUUCAAUUAAAAAAAUGCAAGAACAAGUCCAAGGUACAGCCCUCUGUGACUUUCUUUUCAACCCAAGGGCUCUUUUGGGUUGGAAAAGGGAUCAACAAACUGCCCCCCACAUCUGACCCCAUGAGAUAGAAUGACUUGUAUAUUGUUAAAUGGUUGAAAAAGAUCAAGAAGGAAAUUCAAUUCAAAGAUCAAGAAAAAAUUCAAAUUUUUUCCCCUUUUUUUUUGCAUAGAAGAACUGGGGUAUAGGCUAGAGGUGUGGGGAUUGAGAGGUUUCACCAGAGACAGAAUAGGUGGAUUUACUGAAAUACACUGUUGAGGGGAGCAGUGGGCAAGACAGGAGAGGUCUGUUGCACCAUAUGUAGGUUAGCUCCCUGGCUGGGGAUCGAACUCAGGCUCAACUCAUGCCUAGUAAUAGUGGUAAUAGCACUGAGACUUAACUCUACACAGCUAGGGAGGCCCAAAUUCAAUUUUCUCACCCACAAAUAAGUUUUAGUGGGGUGCUACCACACCUUUUUGAUUAUGUAUGUAUCGUUGGUGAUCACUUCUGAGCUACAAGGACAGAAUUGAGUCCUUUAGACAGAGACCAUUGGUCUACAGAGCUGAACACAUUUACCAUCUGACCCUUUUGGAAAAGUUUGCUAAUAGUUUGCUUUAACAAUCUAAAAAAAAAAAAAUAUGCAUCUGAUGUGGUGGAUCCUGUUCAUCUGUGUUCAGUUCAUCUUACUGUCAUAGCUGUUGGUGUUAAAUGUGGACCACAGAGUAUGGUGGAACUACAGAAGCUACUUUAGAGGUAAUAAAGCUUCAGUGCAUCUAACUAGAGUUUACUGGAUGAAUUGGAGAAGAAAGUGGAAAAAACAGUUGUGACGGAAAGCAAGAUGGAGGUCUAGGUCAGGCUCAGGUUCUGUUGUUUAGAGUGUGACAUGGGGCAGCAUCUCAUUUUGUGCCUCCAUGUUCUCAUCUGUGAUCCCUCACUGUGGACAAUGAGGACAAGAGCAUUAAUACUGGCCCCUAACUCACCUGACAUAGGGUAGACACUCAGUACAGUGGGGUGUUUAUAUCAGUGUCAUUAUUCUUAAUAAAUUAAGGUCAUAUUAAAAAAAUUUGAUGGGGUUUUGUAAGGUAUAAAUGAGGGCUUAGUCAGCUUGGGCUAUCACAACAAAUAGCACAAACUGGGCAGCUUUAACAACAGACGUUUAUUUAAGUAGUUCUGGAGGCUGGAAGUCCAAAAUCAGGUGCCAGCAGCGUUGGUUACUGGUGAGGCUUCUCUCCUUGACUUGCAGAUGGCUGCCUCCACAGCAUGGCCUCACAUGGCCUCCCUCGGUGAGUGCAUGCGUCAUGUCUCUCUUCUUAUGAGGGUAUCAAACAACAGGCGUCCACCCUUAUGACGUCAUUUAAUCUCAGUUAGCUCAUUAAAUAAAGGGGCUCAGUUAGCCCCUUCUAUAAAUACAGUCAUUGGGCAGUAGGACUUCAACAUAGGAACUUGGAGGUGGGCACAAUUCAGCCCAUAGCAUAUGGUCAAGGAUCUGGCCUGUAGAAGAUAGUCCAUAGCUAUUAAUUCAUCUCCUUGGCUAAUGCUAUGCCUCAAACAUUAAAUAUUAAAAAACAAAAACCAAAAAAACCCUCCAUGUGGUCUAGGAAAACACCCUGGGAAUUGCGACAAAGGGUCUUAGUCUCCUGUGGUCCCACAGGAAAGUAUUUGUGUGAAAGUGGGUUGUUGCUUCAACCGUUGUUUUAGACUGUGACGUCUCCCAUGAAUCAAUCUCAUGGUGGGAAGUGGUCUUAGUGAAAUUAGAUGUGUAGAACUUUAGAUUCCACGUUAGUAGUCUCCUCCAGGGACGUCCAUGCUGCUCUGGACCAUGGUAUGAGUAGUGAAGGCCUGUGUCGGCAUUUCAGUAGCCACUGGCCGUUAUGUGGCUGUUUCACCUUCCACCUUAAGUACCUUAAACUACCCAAAUCCUCAGUCACAAGUAGCUACAUUUAAGAAUACUGCAUUGCAGAAAACUCAAAUUGGGCGGCUGCUUCAAGCUGUUUUCCCUGUGUGGCUGCUGUAACAAAUGACCACAAACUUCACAGCUUAAAACCACAGAUUUGUUAUUUUACAUUUCUGUAAAAUCAUGGUAUUGGCAGAGCUGGUUCUCUCUGGAGGCUCAAGGGGAGAAUGUUUCCUUUCCUUCUCCAGUUUGCAGAGGUACCAGCAUCCUGGGCACAUGGCCCCUUCCUCCAUCUUCCAGGCCAGCAAUGGCUGGUUGAGUCUUUCGUAUGAUGCUAUCUCUCUAACUCUGACUCUUCUUCCCUCUUCUCUAUUUAGGAUGCUUAUGGUUACCUUGGUAAUGCAGGAUAAUCUUAUCAAAGUCAGUUGAUGAGCAACAUUACUUCCAUCUGCAGCCUUGAUUCUCCUUGCUGUGUAUCAUAAUUUAUUUAGGCUUGGGAAAUUAGCAUGGGGACAUCUUUGGGAGUGAGUGGGAGCAUUCUGCCUGACACAGAGCCAGACAGUAACUAUUUUUUGACUUUGUGGACCCCAUAGUCUCUUUCUCAACUAUGCAACUCUCCCAUUGUGAAAUGAGCACAGCCAGAGACAAGACAUGAUUUGACCUGGCUGUGUGAUUGCUUUUCUUUUGUCUUAAAUGGAAAACCUCAAACUCACACAAAGGUAGACCAGUGCAGCAGAGUUCCCGCAUACUUAUCAGAGGGCGUUUCUUUAAAUCUUUGUUUAUACUUUGCUAUAUCAACUGAUUUACCUGUAAUCAGAAAAGAAAACACACACACACACACACACACACACACACACACGUAAACAGGUGGAACAUCCAGAAAAAAUUAGAAAAACCAACAUUAUGUUUUGAGGUUAAAAAGGAAAAAGACAUCCUUUUCUGCACUUGUCUUCCAUGAUUAUGCCUGCGAGCCUGGGACAUUGUCAGAAGUGGUAGCUCAUGUGGGUUUGUGGGUCAGACCUUUUCCAUUAGAAAGGCAACCGCUUGCUUAUGUCUCCUGACCUCUCCUUAUAAAACUGUGGUGGUAAUAGAACCUUGUCCAGGCUGUUGGGUCUUUUUUUUUUUAAUGUAAUUUUUUUUUAAAUUUUCUAUAUUUUUUACAUCAUUUUUCAUUUUUGCACAAUGUAUGCAUUUUCAUCUUGGUUAUAGUCCCUAUAUAAUUCCCACUCCCCUUGUUUUGAUCCUACUCCCUCCUGCCCCCCCCCCAUAGUGUGUCUCUGGUUUACAGUUGCUUGUUGAUUUUGAUUUUUACUUUAUUAUAAUUAGUCUUUUUCCUGGUCCUUUAUUAAGGUUUUCUAAAUUCCUGCUAUGAGUGAGACCAUGUGGUAUUUUGCUUUUUCUUUCCAGCUUAUUUUGCUGAGCACGAUCCCUUCCAGCCCCAUCCAUGUUGCUGCAAAUUACAUGAGUUUAUCUUUUUUUAAUUGCUGAGUAAUAUUCCAUUGUAUAUAUGUACCACAUCUUCUUGAUCCAGUCAUCUAUUUUGGGGCAUUUGGGUUGUUUCCAUAGCUUAUCUAUUGUAAAUAGUGCUGCUAUAAACAUAGGGGUGCAGGUGCCCUUUUGAAUUAAUUUUUCUGUGUCCUUUGGGUAAAUACCUCGGAGUGGAAUUGUUGGAUCAUAUGGAAGCUCCAUCUUUAGCAGAUUCCACACAGCUUUCCAUAGUGGUUGGACCAGUUUGCACUCCCACCAGCAGUGCAGGAGAGUUCCUUUUUCUCCUCAUCCUCGCCAACAUUUGUUGUUGCUAGUUUUUUUAAUAUGUACCAUUCUCACUGGUGUAAGAUGGUAUCUCAUUGUAGUUUUGAUUUACAUUUCCCUGAUUACAAGUGAUGUUGAACCUUUUUUUCAUAUGCCUAUUGGCCGUUUCCUCUUUGCAGAAGUUUCUUUUUAGCUCUUUUGCCCAUUUUUUGAUUGGAUUAUUUAUUUUGUUUUGUUGCGUGUCAUCAGCUCUUUGUAGAUUUUUGUGAUCAGUCCUUUAUCAUUAGUGUUGUGUGCAAAAAUUUUCUUCCAAUCAGUGGGGUGUCUCUUUGUUUUGGUUACUGUCUCUUUUGCUGUGCAGAAGCUCUUUAAUUUGAUGUAGUCCCAGCUGUUUAUCUUUGCCUUCACUAUCUCUACUUUGGGUGAUGUGUCUUUAAAGAUAUUACUGAGGUGUAUGUCAUGUAGUGUUUCACCUAGAGUUCCUUCAAUAUAUUUUAUGGUUUCCGGUCUUAUGUCCAGUUCUUUAAUCCAUUUUGAGUUGGUUUUUGUGCAUGGUGUGAGGUAGUAGUCAAGCUUCAUUCUUUUGCAUGUAGCAACCCAGUUUUCCCAGCGCCAUUUAUUGAACAAACUUUCUUUGCUCCAUUGCAUAUUCUUUGCUCCUUUGUCAAAGAUUAGUUGACUGUAAAUCUGUGGGUUUAUUUCUGGAUUUUCUAUUUGGUUCCAUUGAUCUGUGUGUCUAUUCUUGUUCCAAUACCAUGCCAUUUUAAUUAUUAUGGCUUUGUAAUAUAGUUUGAAGUCUGAGCAUGUGAUGCCACCAUUCCUUUCCUUUUUUUUUUUAAAGAUUUAUUUAUUUAUUUAUUUAUUUAUUUAUUUAUUUAUUUAUUUAUACAAGCACUGGGUACAGUCAGAAGCACGAGAGGGUGAGAGAAUUCACCGAGCCAGAGCGGGGAGCAGAGCAGGCAGAAGGACCAAAGUACCCUGCUAAGGGGAGCAGCGGGUGGCAGGAGAGGUCUGCGCGUCAUGUGGGACCCAUGCCCAGCAGCCAGGGAUCAUACCGGCGCUGCAGGGGCUGCGGGCAGCUUCGCAACCCAGCGCUCAACAGCUGAGCCACCGGGGAGGCCCCACCUUUCCUUUUUUUUUUCCCAGGAGAUCUUUGGCUAUUUGGGGUUUUUGGUGGCUCCAUAUGAAUUUCAUCAAUAUUUGUUCUAUUUCUUUGAAGAAUGUCCUUGAAAUUUUGAUUGGAAUAGCAUUGAAUCUGUAAAUUGCUUUUGGUAGGAUGGCCAUUUUGAGAAUGUUAAUUCUUCCAAUCCAUGAGCAGGGCAUGUCUUUCCAUUUCUUUGUGUCUUCUUCAAUUUCUUUUAACGGUGUUUUACAGUUUUCUUUGUAUAGAUCCUUUACCUCUUUUGUUAGGCUUAUUCCCAAGUAUUUGAUUUUUUUUUUUUUUGUUUCAGUAAUAAAAGGGAUGGUUUUCUUGAUUUCUUCAGAUUUAUUGUUUGUGUAUAGGAAGGCUACUGAUUUUUGUGUGUUGGUUUUGUAUCUUGCUACUUUACUAAACUGAUUGACUAGUUUAAUUAGUUUUUCUGUGGAGUUUUUGGGGUUCUCUGUGUAUAUUAUAUCAUUUGCGAAUAGUGAUAGUUUGACUUCUUCCUUGCCUAUUUGGAUUCCUUAUAUGUCUUUCUCUUGUCUUAUUGCUCUAGCUAGGACUUCCAGUAUUAUAUUGAAAAUCAAUGGUGAGAGUGGACAUCCUUGUCAUCCUUGUCUUGUUCCAGAUCUUUUUUUUUUUUUUUAAAGAUUGAUUUAUUUAUUUAUACAAGCACUGGGUACAGUCAGAAGCACAGGAGGGUGAGAGAAUUCACCAGAGCCAGAGCGGGGAACAGAACAUGCAGAGUGAGGAAAUACACUGCUGAGGGGAGCAGCGGGCGUGGUAGGAGAGGUCUGCGUGCCAUGUUGGACCCUUGCCCGGCGGCUGGGGAUCGAACUGGUGCUGCAGAGGCUGUGGGCAGCUUCGCAGCCCAGCGCUUAACCGCUGCGCCACCAGGGGAGGCCCUUGUUCCAGAUCUUAAUGGAAAUGCUUUGAACUUAUCACUAUUGCGAAUGAUAUUGGCUAUGGGCUUGUCAUAUAUGGCCUUUAUGAUACUGAGGUGUGUUCCUUGUAUCCCGAGAAUUUCAAGGGCUUUAUCAUAAAUGGUGUUGUACUUUGUCGAAAGCUUUCUCAGCAUUUAUUGACAUUAUCAUAUGGUUUUUAUAUUUCUUUUUGUUGAUGUGUUGGAUAAUGUUGAUUGAUUUUCGGAUGUUGAACCAUCCUUGUGUCCCUGGAAUAGAUCCUACUUGGUCGUAAGGAAUUAUUUUAUGGAUACUAUUCUGUUCAGGCUGUUGGGUAUUGACAUGAUUCUCUAGUUCUGAGAUGUGCUUCAAGACAAAUGGGCAUAGUUGCCUGCAUGAUAUGGGGGGAGACCCUGACCUUGGAGCAAGGAAAGUUGGGUAUGGAUAGAUUCCUGGUUUAUCUACUUUGCAUCAAAACUGUACUCUCACGUGGGCAUUCAUGGCCUUGGCCACAUUGAACAGUGCACUGCAGAUUCAAGAAAGGAAUUUUGAUAAAUGGUGCACACACACAUGAGUGAGUGUGAAGGGGGGAGGAAAGAGAAUGAUUAGUGUGUGUGCACAUGUGAACAUCAUAUGGAACGUGUGGUACAUGUGUUGGUGUGUGUAUGGUGUGUUAUUGUCUAUGAUGUGUGUGGCACACAUGUCAUGUAUGAACUGUGUGGUGUGUGCACAUGUGGUUUGUAAGAUUGUGAGGUGCAUGUGGUGUAGAAUGUGCCUGUGUAUGGUGUGCUGUAUGUGGUUUCUGUGAGAUGUGUUUAUGUGGCUUAUGGAGAGGGGUAGCCAUGUGUGAUGUGUGCAGGCAGGAUUGGGGUUCUUUCUUGAACUGCACCUUUUACUAUGUGAACAGAUGUCACACUUAUUGUGCCAGGGCUUUAUAUUUGUCAUCUCUACCCUCUGGCAUAAGCAUAGUUCUCCAGAGUACUGUCAUCUUGCCUAUCUUCCCAAUGAGGAAGUUGAGGUGGGUCCAGGGAAGUGACCUGGUCACAGUCCCAUAAGUCAUUGGCAGGGCUGGUAUGAAGCCCCGGUCCCCUGGCCUAUUCCCAUCCAGUGCCACUGCUUCCUGUUCAUUUGGCUGACCCCUUGCCUGCUGAUGCAGAUUGAGUGAGUUUGUGCGAGGAAGGUAUAUGGCAUGCCCAACACACAGUAGGUCUCACUGGUACAACCUGUCUGAAACCCCAAGCACCAGACCCAGUCCACAGUUUUCCCACUUGCUGGUCACCCAUCCAGCCGAUGACAUGUCUGGGCUCAUUGGGGAACAGUAUAUCUGUAGCUAAACAUUCCACAGAGACAUAUAGUCAGACAAGCCAAGACUAUACGGGCCUCAGACAAGCUUUGCCACCGAAGGGGUUUGUUGCAAACUUAAAAGUCUGAGCUUUUAGUGUUUUGAGGUUUGGGGAUGAUGGGGAGGGAAUUGUGGUCUGUGUUCAAGUCCCUGUCCUGGCUGUCACUGAGGAUGUCGCCUCUCCUUUUUGGGACAUGUCUGUCUGUGACAGGGCCACCCCAGAAUUUGAUGCCCACCCCAUCCUGCUGUGUGUUUGUAAGAAAUACUUUCAGAAGUGUGUUUCCUCAUCAUGUUGCUUCCUAUGUUUGGGGGUCUUAACACCUUCAUUGGACAGUUUGGGGUCUUCUGUUGUGGCUUCCAUCUGUUCUGCCCUCCAGUGUUUUCAGCACAAACUCCUGUCUGCUACUUGGGGAGAUGGCUUGUACCUGAUUGGGUUCCGGUGUUUCCUUGCAGGUCCAGGAAUUCUGUACGCUAGGCUGGAGUCAUCAUCCAGCCCCAAAUCCAAUCACGUGACUUUGGCUCCUCUGAUGAGCAAGGACCAAGACACCUAGUUGGAUAGCUCGGUGGCUGAUGUGAGUCCACUUGGGAAUGACAUGUGCAGUGUGUGAUGUGUGGUAUGUGACAAGCGGGCCAAAGACUAAGGCCAGAUGACAUGAGAGACCCCUGAGUUUUUAGAGCAGGUCACAAAAAGAUUCAAACCCAAUGUCAGAAAGAGCCAUUUAGAGUACAAAAGGCUAAUCGUGGAUAAAAGUCACAAAUUAUAGCUUAUCCUACAGUAAAGAAUAAAAGAUUGUCUUCUUUACUUCUGUUGGCACUUAAAGUGUUUAACAGAUUCAUUCACUAGAGAAUUAGAAUAACAGUUACUGAUUUUCUUUGCUUCCUGGUAGUAGUCAAGAACAUACACCAGCAUUAGCAAAAUAGCCUCUAGUCUAACAAAGGAUUAAAUAAUUUAUCGAAUGAUUAGAUCAUCUGAACAUUUCAAAUGGGUUACUGGCUACUUCACCAAAUUUUUUUAAGAUCUUUUAAAAAGAAAGAAAGCAAGAAGAAUAGUUUUGUGACUACAAAUUCAAAACAGACAAAAACGUGUUUUCAAUUUCCGAAAUACAUUACCUGAUUGGGGUUCUGAAGAAUUAAAUAUAAAGAAACUGAUACAUAGCUCCUAGAAAAAGCAUGGGGAGCAGAGAAACAGGAAAGAUUUCCUUUGUGUGUAUGCUGCUAUCAUGUUUUUGUUUGUGUGUAUGUUGCUAUCAUUUU